AUGCUUGCUUCUAUCUCAGCAUCAAGCAAUCUUCUUCAGCAGUACCAAAAACGCAAGUCCGUUGGUCCGCGUGAGCUUACUCCCACUAUGCUUCGUUCUAUUGAAGAAGCUGAUAAACCAGCCAAAUGGGGCAAGAAACCUGAAUCGCAAAAGGAGGGAUAUGUAGCGAAACCAUCCAAGGGGCAGACUCCCAAGAAGAGGAAAACUGAUAAAGCAGCUGCUUCUCAACCACAACCCAAAAAGCAGAAGAAGCCUGCCAGGAGACUUAUUCUUCAAUCCUCCAGCGACUCGGAUUCAGAAUACGUUCCUCCUAACCAGAAGAAAGCUCUAUCAUCAGACUCUGAGAACGAAAGUUCAUAUGAAGAGGCUUCGGGCCGAGCAGAUACUCCACCUCACUCCCCAACUCUAGAAAUUCCGGCUGUUGCUGCCAAGAAUGCUGCUACAGUUACUUCUUCUGUAGAAACUCUUCAACAGACUCUUCAGUCUGAGUGCUCGAAGGUUGAAGCAGCACGUCUUGCAAUUGAACAGAAGAAUGAAGCGUUCCAUGCUACUGUUAAUGAACGCUUAUCCCAACUACAAGCAAAUUUAGCUAUGGAGAAUGGGAUUAUGGAUGAGCUUUCCAGAUGCACAAAUCAGCUUAAAUUGUAA